AUGUCAAAUACAAAUCCAUCCCUCUACGGCCUCCCACGGCACAGCCAAAAACCCUCCUCCCAAUCGACCGCCCCCUCGGCCUCCACCCUCGCUUUCACCACCCAGCUCUCCUCGCUCAUCACCAAGGGCACCGAGUCCUCCGCCCGCGGCCGCCCUCGACCCUCCAAAUCCUCCAAAUCAGACAUCUUCGCCAUCCACAACAAGGGCGCCCAGAAACGCGCCGCAGCCGAUCUCCGCGAUGCCGCCGCCGCCGCCGACGACGCCGACGAAACCUCCGUCCGCCAGAUCCACAAGCGCACGGCGGACAUUGGCGCCGUCGACGCCGCCACCCUGCACCGCUCCAAGCGGCGGCUGGAGGAAAAGGCGCGGAUGUACGAGGAUCUCAAGAGCGGGCUAUACCUAGCGGGCGACAGCGAUGAGGAGACGGAGACCAACACCCCGACAGGGGGAGAAGACUACCUGGCGCGACUCCGUCGGAAGGAGAGGGAGGGGCUGGUGGAUUUCGAUCGGAAAUGGGCCGAUGCGCAGCGAGCGAGGGGGUCAGACGAUUCUGAGGCCGAUUCUGACGGGGAGGAGGCCGCAGACGACAAUGCGUCCGUCGUCUCGUACGAAGACGAGCUGGGGCGGACCCGUCGCGGGACCAGGGCCGAGGCUGCCCGCGCGGCGCUAGCCAGAGCGCAAGAGGGCGGCGAGGCUCGGGCCCCGGAGCGCUGGCGGCCUGCCCGGCCGGAGAAUCUGAUCUAUGGGGCCGCCGUGCAGGCGGAGGCGUUCCAUCUGUCGUCCUCUGCGGCGUCGCAGAUGGCCUCGCUUGCUGCGCGGCGGGACCGGUCGCCUACGCCGCCGGGGGAGACGCACUACGAUGCGGAUGCGGAGGUGCGGAAUCGCGGGACGGGCUUCUAUGCUUUUGCCAAGGAUGAGGAGACGCGGAGGAAGCAGAUGGAGGAGCUGAUGAGUGCACGGGAAGAGACGCAGCGCGAGCGGGAAGUUAGGCAGGCGAGGCGGGCGGAGCGAGAGCGGGUGAAGGACGAGAGGAGGAGGCAGAUUGAGGAGCUACGGUCUAGGAGAAGGGCGGAGACGUUUCUGGCUGGUUUGGGAGAUCUGGGUGCUCUGCAGGCGGAUGCAUCCUAG